GACACCUCUUCAGACUUACGACAGAGCUCGAGGGUUGUGAACAUGGGUCGCGAGAGUGGUCAUGUCGGAUGGAUCAUCUGUCGCUUCGUCGUUUUAGCUGCGAUUUUUCUCACAGGCUUCAUCAUAGGCUGGUUCGGACGGCCGUCUCCUGUACCUUCCACUGCUGAAACUCCGGACAGACUGGAUCAGUUCCUCCUCCAGAUUCAAGCCCAGAACAUCAGGCAAUACCUCAGAGACUUCUCUCGACUACCUCACCUGGCGGGGACGGAGCAGAACCUCCGUCUGGCGGAGCGUAUCCGUGACGACUGGGCGGAGUUUGGCUUGGAUGGAGUGGAGAUUGUGUCCUAUGACGUCCUGUUGUCUUAUCCCAACCAGAGCAGACCAAACUACAUCUCCAUCCUCGACACACACAGACAAGAGAUCUUCAACACAUCUCUGUCAGAGCCUGUACCAGAGGGCUAUGAGAACAUCUCUGACAUUGUCCCACCUUACAACGCCUUCUCUGCUCAAGGACAACCAGAGGGUGAGCUGGUUUAUGUGAACUACGGGAGGACAGAAGACUUCUUUCAGCUCGAGAGGGACAUGGGCAUCAACUGCAGUGGCAAGAUCGCCAUCGCACGCUACGGAAAAAUCUUCAGAGGAAACAAGGUUAAGAACGCCAUGCUAGCGGGCGCAGCGGGCAUUAUCCUGUUCUCAGACCCUGCGGACUAUGCGGCUCCUGGGGUGGCGGUGUACACUUGAGGCUGGAAUCUACCAGGAGGCGUCCAAGCUUGAGCGAUGCUCAACCUCAGCAGACGGAGACCCCCCCUCACACCCGGGUACCCUGCCAAAGAAUACACUUACAGAUUUGAUCCUGAAGAAGGGGUGGGGCUUCCUAAGAUUCCAGUGCAUCCCAUUGGAUAUGAUGACGCUGUCCAUCUUCUGAAGAAUAUGGGCGGAGCCGACCCCCCCAGCGGGUGGAAAGGAGCGCUGAACGUGUCGUAUCGGAUUGGACCGGGCUUCACUGGCCACGCCCACAACCAGUCCGUGCGUCUGAAUGUGUACAGCACCAACCAAGUGACGCGGAUCUACAAUGUCAUCGGCAAGAUCCAAGGAGCUGAGGAGCCAGACAGGUAUGUGAUUCUCGGGGGGCAUCGUGAUGCGUGGGUGUUUGGAGGGAUCGACCCGCUCAGUGGAGCUGCUACUGUUCAUGAGAUAGCCAGAAGUGCAGGCACACUGCUAAAGACAGGCUGGCGUCCUCGGAGGACGAUGCUGUUUGCCAGCUGGGAUGCAGAAGAGUUUGGCCUCCUGGGAUCCACAGAGUGGGCAGAGGAGAAUGCCAAAAUACUUCAGGAGAGAGCAGUUGCCUACAUCAACGCCGACUCUGCCAUAGAGGGAAUGUACACUCUGAGGGUAGACUGCACCCCCUCUCUACAUACUCUGGUUUAUGACAUCACUAAGAAGGUAUCAAGUCCAGAGGAUGGGGAGGAGAGUCUGUCUCUAUAUGACAGCUGGCAUAAGCGGGAUAAUUGGACCAGUGAGAGAAAUGCCCCAAGGAUCAGUAAGCUGGGCUCAGGAAGUGAUUUUGAGGCCUAUUUUAUUCGUCUGGGCAUCGCAGCAGGGAGAGCCAGAUACACCAAGAACCGGGUAACGGAGCGCUACAGUAGCUACCCACUCUACCACAGCGUGUACGAGACGUUUGAGCUGGUGGCUGUGUGGUACGACUCCUCAUUCAGGAGGUUAGAAGCGGUGGCACGUGUGAGGGCGGGGCUAGUCUUCCGAUUGGCUGAUUCUAGGCUCCUCCCCCUGGACUGUGAGGAGUAUGCAUUGGCUCUGCAGAAGUACUCAAAAGUAAUCAGAGACCUCGCAUACACACACCCCGACGCCAUCAGCAUGUACAACGUCUCAUUCGAUCCUCUGUUCUCUGCAGUGCAGAACUUCACCAAAGCAGCAAGGGACUUUCACCAACGCCUGAAUACACUCGACACUAGCAACGAUCUGAAGAUGCGUAUGGUGAAUGACCAGCUUAUGUACCUUGAGAGGGCGUUUGUGGAUCCACUGGGGUUGCCUGGGCGACCAUUCUACAGGCAUGUCAUCUUUGCCCCCAGCAGUCAUAAUAAGUACGCGGGCGAGUCAUUCCCGGGUAUCUACGACGCGCUGUUCGGCAUCGAGCACGCAGUGGACGCCCCUCUUGCCUGGCGCGAGGUCAAGCGCCAGAUCAGCAUCGCCACCUUCACAGUGCAGGCAGCAGCCAUGACACUCACCCCGCCUGCGUGACCUUCGACCCCCCACCACCUCCCCGCCUGCGUAACCUUCAACCCCCACCACUUCCACCCCAUCCCCAUGACCUACGACCUUAACACCCCGACCAUGUGACCUACAGUCUUGUUAACGACCAGCAUCAGCGGAAAAACACCUAUGAGUGUCUGCAGGACUACAGGGAACCGCUUCCAUCAUGCCCUGUGCUGCGUAAAUCACACAGAAGUUAAAGUGUGUAUAAAGUGUGUAUGUCAGGUUAAAUCACACAGAAGUUCAUGGAUUUUAUAUUCUUUGUUUCUUCAAAUAAAAUCCACUGAAAUGUA